CAGGGGUGGAAUUUUCCAGGAGGUGUAGCUGCUGUUCGUAAGAGGCGCGUACUCAACGGCUUUCCUCAGGACUCCCGGUUCAUUGAAACGCACUCGUGAUCGCUAGCAAUCCUUUCUCGUCGAAAACAGUCCUUUUUUGACUUUCUAGCAAUGGCUACCUAUAUCCACGUACCAGAAGGAGCUCCUGCUGUCCCCAAAUUAGAUGUCACUGUAGACGAGCAGGAUUUCAGAGCAGGGGCGCUGAAACUGAUCAAGGAACUGAGACCCAGUUGGAAGCCGUCAGAGGUCAAAAUGAAGUCUUUCACCGAUGGAAUCACCAACAAGCUGAUUGGCUGCUAUGUGGGCGGAGUCAUGCAGGACGUCGUCCUGGUACGCAUUUAUGGCAAUAAGACGGAGCUGUUUGUGGAUCGCGAUAACGAGGUGAAGAGCUUCCGGGUGCUGCAGGCCCACCGGUGUGCCCCUCGCCUCUAUUGCACCUUCAACAACGGCCUGUGCUACGAGUUUCUGCAGGGCACCGCCCUUGAUCCCCAGCACAUCCGCAGCCCACCCAUCUUCAGGUUGAUAGCCAGGCAGAUGGCCAAGUAUCAUGCCAUCCAUGCCCACAACGGCUGGGUGCCCAAGUCUGACCUGUGGCUGAAGAUGGGAAAGUAUUUCUCCCUGGUGCCUACUUACUUUGAGGACCCAGCCAAGAACCUGAGGUUCAAACGGGAAGUUCCCAGUGCCAUGCAGCUCCAGGAAGAGAUGUUGUGGAUGCAGCAGAACCUGUCAGUGUUGGGCUCACCUGUGGUUCUCUGUCACAACGACCUGCUGUGUAAGAACAUCAUCUACAACGAGGCCGCAGGUAACGUAAAGUUCAUUGACUAUGAAUACGCUGGCUACAGUUACCAGGCCUAUGAUAUCGGGAACCACUUCAACGAGUUUGCAGGUCUCAGCGAGGUGGACUACAGUCAGUACCCAGUGCGAGAGCUGCAGGCUCAGUGGCUGAGAUCUUACCUGGAGGCCUACAAAGAGUACAAGGGCCUUGGAGUGGAAGUUUCUGAGGCCGAGGUAGAAGUCCUGUAUGUGCAGGUUAAUCACUUUGCCCUGGCUUCUCACUUCUUCUGGGGGCUGUGGGCUCUAAUUCAGGCCCAGUACUCCACCAUUGACUUCGAUUUCCUGGGGUACGCCAUCCUGCGCUUUGGGCAGUAUGUGAAAAUGAAGCCGGAGGUGACUGCGCUGAGCUUCCCCUAAUGAGACUACGACAGCUCCACUCUGCUGUUCCACUCACUUGUAGGGCUCCCCCUAGUGGAUUUCAUGACCAACGUGCGAAUGCUUCCCCUAAUGUGACAUGACUGCAUUCGCUUACCCUGUUCCCUGUCGCUGCCCCCUUCCUGUCAUGGUUCGUCCUGUUGGUUUUCAAAGCCAUGUGAUGCACUGCAACCUCCCUGUCCCUGUCAGUGCAGGCAGUUUCACUCCCGGCACCCCCCCGCCUCCCUCCAGCCCCCCCCCCCCCCCCCCCCCGGAUACAAUGUGAAAUGGCCAAGUGAGCGCUGCCUCGCUGUGCGGACCUGAACAGACUGGGUGUCAGACCCAGCAUGAAGGUAGAAUGAAGGCAGGGUUGGUGUUGCACUCUGGUCAGAUGUUACGACGCAGCUCGGUUAGGAUUUUAUUUUUAAAUCAUCCCGUAAACGACAUUUCUCUCAUGUCUGCUUCCUUAGAAUUUUUUUUUUCCUUUGCUGUCAUCUUCAGACUGGCAUAGCUGUGUUAAGACUUGAGAUUCGCAGACCAAAGACUUGUGAGUUUCAUUUUUUUUUUCCCUCCUCUUCGUCCCUGAAGUUGCUCGUGAUUUGCCGAGUGCCGCCUGUUUUACCAGCAGCCUGUACCAGGCUCUCUUCCUGUCUCGCGACUUUCUCUUACCCUGGUGCUAGGUCGAGAACUCUUCACCACGGAGAGAUGGUCUAUCGAAGAACCUACACCAAAGCUUUUUGGUUUUUUUUUUUUUGCUUGUAAAUAGUGCACAUAGUCCAUUCUAUUUGAAAAGAUAAUGUAUCAUUUGUACCUUUUGAAAGUGGGUUUUUUAUAUAAAUAUACACGGUUUGAAGUGACUCUGUUCUCGAGCUCCUCCGUCUGGAGACGGAGGGGAUGCAUGGUGUCUGGAUCCGGUGCCUUGAGGAGCGAGAUCGCCAGACGGCCUUUCCGCUCUCUGCGGCAGCGCCGCGUGUGACGCGUGCAACGCUGCAAUAACCCCCGUGCCCAAAAAAUCCCAAUCUGACGGACUGUAUCCCCACCUUAGGGAUGUCCCCUUUGCCUCUGUAGCCGCCUACAUUGUGCAGUCUCCCUGUCCAGGAGGCUAAAAGCUGAAGUGCGUGUGAAUGGGCCGAGACGGCACCAUGCUGACCUACCAGUCCUUGCGUUCGGAUCACAUUCUUUACACGCUAUGGAAACACGGCUCAUGUUUAUGUUUUGGAAGCUUUUUUUUUUUUUUUUUUUUUUUUUUUGGGAAAUGUUAUAUUUUUGUCAGUAACUCGUAUGUUAGGUGACUAAAGUUCCUUGCCCACCUUCCCUGUUUCUGAGAAGAAAACUUACUUAAACAGGAUGAAAAGGAUACCUGGGAAAACUGAUGUUUAAUACAGCGUCUUGCAGUGUCCGUGGUUCCACCAGUGGCAAACCGCUCGCCACAUUCCAGAAGGCCCCGCCCCCUUUUUAAAAUCAAUAAUGGGGACCUCCGGCUGACGCCAUCCAUCAAGAUUGCGGCAUAGUUGCCACCCUUGUGUGUGAGGCUGUGAGCGACGCCCAUCCCUUUCUGAGAAUACAUUAUUUUCAUGAAUAAUGUAGUGUAGCCCAGCCUUCGAUGCGGUUUCUUUAUGUAUACAGAGUUUCGUCUGUAGGGAUCCGAUUCUGCUGUACUGGGACUUCAUUAAAUCCCCUAACUGCACAUAUGGCUGCUGUUUGUGCUGGCUGGACCCACAUAACCUCAACUUCAGAUCUCGUUACAACAGUAGUGUGUAUGUGUAUUUGUGUGUGUGUGUGGGCAUGUGUGUGUGUGUGUGUGUGUGUGUGUAUAUACAGAAACACACAUUUUAAAACAUGCAAUAUCUGCUCUGUCUUUUGUGAAUUACUGUAAAUAGGAAAUUUUUUUUUCCCUUUUUUUCUAAAACAAAACUAAUAUAAGCAACCUUGAUGAAGCUGUAAAAGUGUGACAAGUGCUCCAAAGUGAAAUAAAGGUUUUAAAAGGUC